AUGGCGGCAGCGACGGUUGCCCCUCCGAGCGAAAUGGAAAUGCUCCCUCGUCCACCGCAGGUCGGCAUUGGCCGCUUGACGACGCAGCGGCGGCCGAGCGGGGAUUCGAAGCAGGCGAUGAAUUGCAAGAGUUGCAGGAAGCGCAAGAUCAAGUGCAAUCGCCUCAAGCCGAGCUGCGAGGCGUGUCAGGUGUUUAGCUGUCCGUGUAUAUACGAUGCGGUACCGAAGAAGCGAGGACCAAAGACCGACGUACUUGAAGCCCUUGUGAAGAGGGUCAAUGGCCUGGAGAAGCGACUCAAAGAUGAGGGAAAGCCAGACUCGGAAGGAGACAGCCCAGAGGACGACGGAGAGGCGAGAGCGGAGGGUGAUGAGCAUGCAGAUGGAGUCGUGUUCGAGCGGGCAGAGUCAAUACAGCGAACCGCGCCACCGCAGCGCAUACAGCCUGUUGCGAGGCAGAGCCCACCAGUGAUGGCACCUAUGCUGCCGAACUUGCAUACAAUUCAGUACGCUGCACCUUCAGCCGUCACCACGGGCAGUACUCUGACGAAGAGCAGCAGAGACAACGAGACGAUCGCGUUCACCGAUGCACUUCUAGACACCUACUUCGCGCGAAUCCACAGCAAGCCAUACUAUAUUCUGGACGAAGCGAAUACACGACAACGACUACGAGAAGGUCAACUACCGCAGUUCAUGAUCAAUGCCAUCCACGCGGUCUCCAUCAGAUACGUACCCCAUCUCUGCGGCGGCUACAGCGGAGCUGUACGAACAGGCCAGGACUACGCAGCACGAGCUCGUGCAGGCAUUGAUGUCGACGAGCCGAGCAUCGAUAAUCUACAGGCGUUGUUGCUGCUCGCGAUGGCCCAGUUCCAGGCCGGCAAAGGGAAGAAGUCAUACAUGCUUGUGUCACACGCCACCAGCAUGGCGUUUGCGCUCGAUCUGCAUCGAGAAGUGCCAGGUCACCUGCGAGUGGCGGCAGUGGAGCGCGAAGGACGGCGAAAGCUGUUCUGGACGUGCUAUCUGAUGGACCGCUUCACCACGAGCGGAUCCAAACGACCGGCUCUCAUUUCUGAUGAAUCCAUCUCGCUACGGUUCCCAGCUUCGGGCACUUCUAGCUCGCAGCGGUCAACGGAGGCAAGUUACUUCCCGAAUGGCUCGAGCCUGAACCAAGGAAAUACGCAUGCGAGCAAUGCAAAUGGCAGUGCGGCGGUCUUGGUCGAGAUUGUGCGGAUACUGGGCGCUGCGAAUCGAUAUCUCGCAUCGGGAGGUGUCAAGGGUGAUCCACACUUCCCAUGGCAUGCGCAAAGCACGCUCUCCAAGAUUCGGUCGGAUUUGGACAAAUGGGCAGCAAGUACACAAGAGGCUUUCGCUUCCCUGGAGAACCUGUUCGGACGGCAGGACAGUGUGAGCUUGGUGCUGAGCAAGCUGAUCUACCAUCUUGUCCAUUGCCUCUUAUACCGGCCAUUCUUACCAGUGGAUCUGGCCGAGCUAUCAGGGAACAGCCAGAACCAGUCGUGGCAGAUUGAGGCUACCAACCUCUGCUUCAUGCACGCCAAUGCGAUUGUGGAGUUGGUGGACAUCGGCAAGGCGACUGGCAUCCUCUACUGGCCAUCUUUCGUGGGAUACUGCGUCUGCACCGCUGGCACGAUUCACAUCCACGGAGCCCACUACGUCUCCCUCAACGACAACGACGUCUUCGCCAACAGCUCCGACUUCCUCUCACGCGAGAUGGCACAGCUGGCAGACCAGAGCUUCAUCUGGGCAGGCGUCAACCAUCAGCGCGAGACGAUGCAGACGGUCUACGCCAAUCAUUCCCAUCUCGUGCACUCACUAUCCUGCAGCCCGAUCCGCUUCUCGCCGGUCUUCCAGAUGGAGGACUUCUUCGACCGCUACCCCGGUGCCAACAUCGACGGCGCACACAUGACCUUCAGCGAAGUCCAAGUCGACACGCCCCCUGACCGCCACCACGACUUCCGCCCCAGCGCACAAUCAAGCAUCCCCUGGUCCCGACCCGCUGCGAGUCUACCCCACCUCACCCUCCAACCCCAGUCCGUCGCCCAAAACACCCUACCCGACCACCCGCCCCCCGCGAAGCGCCGCCGCGUCACCGAAGGCGGCGGCGGCGAGUACCCUUAUCCGACCCCCACCAACGAAACCCAACCCAACCCCUUCGAGCAACCGCACUACCAUUUCCCCCCGAACCCCAUCCCUUCCCAACCGACCCUCGAACCCAACAACACCGACCACUUCUCCUCCUCCCCCUCCCAACAAGACACCAUCUACAACAUUCACGACCUCCCGCACCCCAUCACCGCAGCGGCGCUGGAUGACCAGAACAUCUUCUCCCCGUCCUUCACCUGGGGACCCGCGGCGCUGGACCAGAACACCGCGACGCCGAGUGGGAACGGGAUGUAUCCGCCUUCCGGGAUGGCGAACGAGAUGCAAACCCCCGGAGGCGAGAGCGCGGGCGCGCGCUCGAGUCAUACGGUCGGGGAGGAGGGGGAGGGAGAUCCGUUUCUGAGUUUUCUGGAGCAGUUGGCGGCUAAUGAUGGGGACGGGGGUGGGGUGAGUGAUUUGGGGUUUUUUAUGGCGGGGGAGGGCGGGGAGGGGGGGUUUGGGGAUGAGAGUGGGGGGUUAUGA